AUGGCGAAGGGACGGGGCGGAUGGGUAAUCAGUUUCGAGUCACCGGGUCAAGCGAAGACUCAACGAGGUUGGUUGUGGGAUCGAGUGAAAGCCGCUUUUCGAAGGACAUAUAAAGAAAAAGGGACAAAAUUCGAUUGGUUUAUGAAAGCCGACGAUGAUUGUUACUAUGUGAUGGAGAAUAUUCGAGAGAAGAAGAUUUUUAGGUUCUCUUCCAAGUACAAUCCGGAUGAACCGUGGUAUUUGGGUGAACUGGUUUCAGUGGGUGGUGAUGGGUAUCCGAGUGGUGGCACGGGAUAUAUUCUGUCGAGAGCUGCUUUGAAAAAGUUUGUGACAGCUCUCGACGCACCGGAUACAAAAUGCCGAAAGGAGUCCGAUGAAAUGGAAGACAUUCAUAUGGGAGCUUGUUUCCGAUACGCGAAUAUUAGCAUCAUUCCCACCGUCGACAAAGAAGGACGACAUUCCUUGAUUCCGAUCAAUUUGAAAGAUCUGGUGCCAGAUGUCGGUGAAAGAAGCAAUUUCAAUAAAUGGUACACAGGAUUUGCGAAGAUCAAAGUCUCAUCAGGAAAAGAAUGCUGUGGUCCAAAACUGAUGGCCGUUCAUUAUGUCAGUUAUCAAGAUAUGUUCGUCUAUGAUUAUUUGCUCUAUCGGGUGAAGAUUGCCGGUAUCGAUCCU